GACUAUGCCGGUGGUUGGAGUUGCGUCGAAACUCCGUCAGCCAGCAGUGGGGUCCAAACCCAUCCAUACUGCACUGCCCAUUCCCAACCCAGGGAGGAGCAGCAUGGCACAUGGACUGGCACCUAGGAGCUCAGAGUUCAGGAGCUCGGAGUCUUCAAUGCUCUCCUGUCAGCUGUCACUCAAGACACAGAUCCAGGAUAGGAGGACGAUCCCAACUGCAACUCUGACUUUGGCACGCAGCAACAGAGAUGUAGAAGAGAAUAAGAUCUGCAAGAUCUAUACUGAUUGGGCAAACCAUUACUUGGCCAAGUCCGGCUGCCCGAGGCUUAUUAAGGACCUGACUCAGGAUAUACCCGAUGGAGUUCUGCUGGCAGAAAUCAUCCAGAUAAUAGCUAAUGAGAAGGUAGAAGAUAUUAACAGUUGCCCCAAGAGUCACUCUCAAAUGAUUGAGAAUGUGGAGGCUUGUUUGAAUUUUCUAGGGGCCAGAGGAGUCAGUGUCCAAGGGCUCUGUGCUGAAGAGGUCUGUAAUGGGAAUCUGAAGAGCAUACUGGGUCUGUUCUUCAUCCUGUCCCGCUACAAGCAGCAGAAGCAGCACCAGCAGCAGUAUCUGCAGUCAUUAGUGGAGCUUCAGCAGCACGUCACGCAUCAGACCACUGGGGCGGCGCCAGCGAGCCAGCACAAAACACAAGACAUGCAGUCCAGUCUCACCGCACGAUACACAAGUCCACCAGGUCACAGUGGAAUAGCAGCCCCUCAGAAGAAAAACACAAGGUUACCAGGCCCCUCUAGAGUCCCCGCUGCAGGCAGCGGCAGUAGCAGUAAAGCCCACGGCUCUUCUAACCUGAAUCGAAGGAGCCAGAGUUUCAACAGUAUCGACAAGAGCAAACCACUCCAGUAUGCUAGUGGCAAUGACAGAGAGUCUGUGAAGGGCAUCCCUCUGCCAGGCAACAUGAACGGUAGUGGCUCUGUGCCAUCCAGCACCAGCGGGCAGCAGCUGGCCUCUGCCAUACCCUCUCCCACUGCUGGUAAGUCCUGGCGUAGCAAGUCCAUGAACAUGAAGCACAGUGCCACCUCAUCCAUGCUGGCCACCAAACCACCUAGCCCAACAGCAUCCCCGACCCUUCCCUCCUCAUCCGAUCGCCUACGACCACCCAUCACUGAUGCUUCCAAAUCAGCCCCCGGCAACCAACGUUCCAUGCUGGAGAAGUUCCGCCUCAUCAACCCUCGCUCCGCUUCCAGAACCUCGCCUUCGGUGGCCGAAAUGGCUCUCCCAGAGGAAGAUGACCUGUCGGAGUAUGGAGACGAGGGGACCUGCAGUCCUGUGCCACCCUGUGGAAUCUCUAAACAGCAGGGGAAGACCUCUACUCCUUCCUUUGUGCCCCCAAGCAAGAAUGUAGCUACCACCAACAACGGCAAGAACCACAAUAAUAAGUCGCUGCCACAUCCCAAAGAUAAGGAGGACAAGAAUAAGACAAAAAGCAAAGCCAGCACACCACCCAAAGAGGAACCAGUAAUAGUGGAGUCUGCUAAAAAAGGCUCCAAGAUCGCCAGCCUUAUACCGAAAGGAAACAAAAUUUCUACAGCCUCAGUCAAGAAAGAAAGUGCAAUUCCUGCCUCCAGCUGCAUCCCCAAGCCCGGUCUGAAGGCACCAAUGGGGACAGCCAAGCCUGCUGGAACACAACCUAGUGUACCUGCAACAAGUGUACCUUCAAUAGGUGGUGAAAAGACCAAACUUAGCAAAGGUGGUCAGUCUGCAUAUAUGCAGAGAUCUUUAGGAGGGUUGGAAAAUCGUAAGACCAGCAUGGUGUCUUCAACCAGUAGUUCGGCACUUUCUGGAUCUGCUGCUUCUCACGGACUGGGUGGAGGUAUGGCACUUGGGAGUAAUGGGGCCGUACAACUGCCCCAGCAGCAACAGCACAACCACCCUAACACAGCAACAGUUGCCCCCUUCAUGUACAGGACAUACUCAGAGAACGACUGCACUACAGUGGUCCCCCCCGAACCAUGUCUCAGUCCCACAAAAGACCUGGUCUACAGCAAGACAGCCAAACAGUGCUUGGAGGAGAUCUCAGGGGAGGAUCCAGAGACCAGACGGAUGCGGACAGUGAAGAAUAUUGCCGAUCUGAGACAGAAUCUAGAAGAAACCAUGUCUAGUUUACGUGGGACGCAGAUUAGCCACAGUACUCUAGAGACAACGUUCGACACAACAGUAACUACAGAAGUGAACGGUCGUGGCCUUCCCCCCCUCUCAAGUCGCUCAUCCUCCAUGGCUUGGCGUUUGGGCCAAACAUCAAGCCCUCGUCUGCAGGCCGGUGAUGCCCCUAGCUAUGCCCAGCCCAGAUCCAGUGCUGGCACUGCUGGUCGCUAUGGUGACACCUCAAGGUUGUUGUACACUGCCCCCCUGAGGAGAGCGGCCGCCUCAGGGGUCAGAGAGUCAGAGACAGGGGAGAAAGACGGGAUUUCAGAGGUGGAACCAGAAGUGGAUGUGACAGGAUACUGCAGUGAUGGAGACAUACUGGCCAAGAAUGUACAUGCAGAUGACAUCAGUGGGUAUCACACAGACGGUGGUCUUUAUUCUCGGAAUGUGGAGCUUUACUCUCGGAAUGUGGGUCGCCCUCCUGAAUUGACGGCCACAAGAGAAGUCGUCCAAAAAGGGGUCAAAGAGAUGCAAGGGGAGGACAGCUGGGAUGACAGUAGUUCGGUCAGCAGUGGUUUAAGUGACACUUUAGACAAUAUUGGCACUGACGAUCUGAAUUCAUCCGCAUAUUCAAGCAUUUCACCUCACAAGAGCAAAGCAGCACAGUGGCAUAAAGACACACAGAGACACACCGAGCAGGAUGGCAGUAGCUGGGCUGGUGCUGAAGAUCUAAAGAAGGUUGAUGAAGAGAUGGAACCAGGGAUGGACUCUUCCUCCAAGUGGAAGACUUCCUCUUCUUCCGCUUCAGGUCAGGGUGAUGAUGUUGGCCAGAGGACAAGUUUGCCCAUGUCCCAAACAGGCUCCUGGAGGAGGGGCAUGAGUGCCCAGGUUGGCAUCACACCACCACGAACCAAAAGCACAUCCACCUCCAUAAAAACACCAGGUAAAACAGAUGAUGCCAAGGCAUCUGAGAAGGGGAAGGCCCCAUCUAAAAGUCCCAGCAUCCAGUGCGUGCCAUCGGAUACAGGCAAGAGCAGCGGAGACGAGGGGAAGAAGCCGCCCUCAGGCAUCGGACGGCCGCCGACUACCAGCUCUUUCGGCUUCAAGAAGAUCCCAGGACCUGCCGGGGCCCCUAUCACAGCCAGCGGGGCAACUGUGGCCAGUGGCUCUGCGACUUUAGGCAAGGUACCCAAGUCUGCAGGUAUUGGGAAGGGCGCGAGUAUCGGCAAUGGGCGGAAGACGAGUUUUGAUGACGCUCAACACCAAGACGACACUGUCUUGUUAGGCUGUGGUGGCUCCAAGGUUCCUCUCCAGUACCGCUCCUUGCCCAGACCAGCAAAGUCAUCUAGCGGGGGUAGCGGGGUGGUGGGCCGCAGUGGGCAUCGAUCCAGCUCCAGCAACAUUGACUCAAAUGUAAGCGGAAAAUCCACAGGAGGUAGUGGAGGAGUUGGGGGAACCACGACCAGCACAAAGAGAAGAGAUGCUGGGAAAGUAGGGUCGGGAUGCUCUAGUCCUGUCACCAUCAACCAGACAGAUAAGGAGAAAGUGGCGGGGUCCGAUCAAGAGGGAACGGGGCAGUCCACCUCCCCCAAAUCUAGUCCCACUUCCACACAAUCUGGACUCAGACAGCCAGGCUCCAAAUAUCCAGACAUCGCAUCCCCCACAUUCCGCAGGUUGUUUGGCAGUAAGUCCAGCAGUAAACCCAGUUCCCCUGGCACCCCUGACUCUGGUAAAUGCCCAUCAGCUAUGGGCAGUCCUCACUGCACACUGACACGACAGGCCAGUAUGGACUCGCCCUCCUCAGGAACAGGUAGUCUGGGCAGCAUGGGUGGGCAGAGCGGAGGCAGCAGCCCGCUAUAUGGCAAAAUGCCAGACACUGGCACAGUUUCCCCGGCCUCUAGUCCGGCGUCAGGCCUCUCUCUGCCCUCCAAUGCCCGCCCGUGGCCACCGAACCUCAGCAGCUCCUCUGCAAGCAGUAAAGAUGCCCUGAGCUGCCAUAGUAUGACCAGCUUACACACAAGCUCGGAGUCCAUCGACCUGCCAUUCCCACACCACCACGGGCCAAAGGUCACACGCACAGGCAGUGUCAAGUCCACUCUGUCUGAAGGCAUGCCUCUUGACAGAAAUACUCUGCCCAAAAAGGGAUUAAGGUACCCUCCCUCCUCCAGACAGACAUCACAUGAAGAGGGGAAAGAAUGGUUACGUUCACACUCCACCGGGGGUCUGCAGGACACAGGAAGUCCACUUUCACCACCAGGCACAGCAAGCACUAAUGCUGGCAAAUACAACUACUCAAACCUGCUGAGCCCCACCAGUAUGUCACAGUUCAAUCUUCCUGGCAACAGUAUGAGCCGUUCUAACAGUAUUCCAGCACAGGACUCCUUCGAGCUGUACGGGGAGGGGCACACUUUGGGCGGCAGUGCCACCUCACUGGAAGAGCGGCCUCGUGGCAUGAGUCCAUCCGGCUCCUUCAGAGACAGCACUGAUGAAGUCCAUGGUUCCUCUCUGUCUCUGGUCUCGAGCACGUCGUCUUUGUACUCUGCGGUGCUGGCCUUUUUAGACAAGACGGAGGAGAAGGCCCAUUCCGAGGGCCAAACAGUCCAAAAUACUACGCAAAUCAGAAAACUGCGGCGAGAGCUGGAUGCUUCCCAGGAGAAAGUGGCAACCCUGACCUCUCAGUUGGCGGCCAAUGCACAUCUGGUGGCGGCAUUCGAGAAGAGUCUUGCAAAUAUGACCUGUCGCCUGCAGAGUCUAACCAUGACAGCAGAGCAAAAGGAGUCCGAGCUGGCAGAGUUGAGAGAGACCAUUGAGGCUCUGAAAGCUCAGAACACCGAUGCCCAAACGGCCAUUCAAGUGGCCCUCAACGGUCCCGAUCACUUUCAUAAAGCAGACCUGCGGAUCCGUCGACAGCACUCGUCAGACAGUAUAUCUAGUAUUAAUAGUGCAGCUAGCCACUCCAGCAUGGGCAGCACUAAAGAUGCAGAAGAUAAGAAGAAAAAGAAGAAAAGCUGGGUGGCUGAUUCCAUCCCUGCCCAGUUACGGAGCUCCUUCAAGCAGGCUUUUAGCAAGAAAAAGACCAACAAGCCCCAAUUGUCUCACGAUGAAAUCGAGGAUAUGACCGACUCCUCACUCCCUUCUUCACCCAAACUACAACACACCAACAGACAGACCAGCACACCCCAACCACUGCAUUCUUCUCCUUCCACCACAGAAAAGUGUUUUUGCAAUAGCAAGUCCUCACCCAUUUGGAUGGCAAAGAAAAGAUCAAACGAUCAUGUGGUCUACAAGCACAGAUCUCGACUGUGUGAAUGUACAGAGGCUGAGGCAGAGAUCAUCCUGCAGCUGAAGAACGAGCUGAGAGAGAAGGAGCUGAAACUCACUGAUAUCAGACUGGAGGCGUUAAGCUCCGCCCACCAUCUCGACCAGAUACGUGAGGCCAUGAACCGCAUGCAGAACGAGAUUGAGGUGCUUAAGGCAGAGAAUGACAGACUCAAGUCUAGCGGCAACACCACCCCAGCUGCCACACCAGCUAAAAAUGCUCGCCCCCCUUCAGAAACUUCCAGCACUUCCUCUUCCUCAUCACGCCAAUCUCUGGGGCUCUCACUAAACAACCUCAACAUCACCGACACCAUUAUGUCAGAUAUUCUACUGGAUGACGGCUAUGAGGGCAACCUACGCAAAGAAGGCAGGAGUGUCCAUAUAGUGGUCACCAUCAACAGUGAAUCCAAUAAGACCAAGGCUAUGCAGAAGAAAGAGUAUCUGAUUGGCUCCAUUGGUGUCAGUGGAAAGACCAAGUGGGACGUGUUGGACAGUGUCAUACGACGACUGUUCAAGGAGUAUGUGUUCCGUGUGGACCCUUUGACCAGUCUAGGCCUGAACUCCGAUAGUAUAGUGUGCUACAGGAUGGGUGAUGUGGUCCGAUCUUACACCUCUGAGGUGCCUGAGCUGCUUCCAUGUGGUUACCUGGUGGGUGACAACAACAUCAUCACAGUCAGCCUCAAAGGUGUGAAGGAGGGUAGUAUAGAUGAUCUGGUGUUUGAUACACUCAUCCCUAAACCCAUCAUUCAGCGCUACCUAAACCUCUUGAUGGAGCACCGCCGAAUCAUCCUCUCUGGGCCCAGUGGAACAGGCAAAUCCUACCUAGCUACUAAACUAGCUCACUACAUCAUCUCCAAGACAGGACGAGAGGUGACCGACAGUAACCUGGCCAGCUUUAAUGUGGACCAGAAGUCCAGCAAGGAUCUUCGCCAGUACCUCUCUAGCCUGGCCGAGCAGUGCAAUACAGAGGUGUGUGAGACAGAGUUGCCCACUGUAGUUAUUCUGGAUAACCUUCAUCAUAUUGGCUCCCUCUGUGACAUUUUCAAUGGAUUCCUCAAUUGCAAAUACCAUAAAUGCCCGUAUGUCAUUGGAACUAUGAAUCAGGGUGUGUCCUCAUCUCCAAAUCUGGAGCUACAUCACAAUUUUAGGUGGGUGCUUUGUGCCAACCACACUGAGCCUGUGAAGGGCUUCCUUGGCCGUUUCCUCCGAAGGAAACUGAUAGAGACUGAGAUUGCUAAGAACAUGCGCAGUAAUGACCUCAUCAAAAUCAUCGACUGGAUGCCUAAAACCUGGCAACACCUCAACACCUUCCUAGAAGCUCAUAGCUCCUCAGACGUUACCAUUGGUCCUCGGCUGUUCUUGUCCUGUCCAAUGGAUGCAGACAGCUGUCGCGUGUGGUUUACCGACCUGUGGAACUACUCUUUGGUGCCAUAUCUACUGGAGGCAGUAAGAGAAGGACUUCAGCUGUAUGGUAAGAGGGCGGCAUGGGAAGACCCUUCCAAACGGGUGAUUGAAACCUACCCCUGGAGCUCCGCCUCCUUGCAUCAUGAAGGCCAAUCACUGUUGCAGUUGCGGCCAGAGGAUGUGGGCUAUGAUGGUUACAGUUCCUCUAAAGACGGAGCCGCCUCCAAACAAGUAUCUCAGAGCGAUACAGAGGGAGAUCCACUGACGUUCAGAGAUUAUAAGAUGAAUAUGCUGAUGAGGCUACAAGAAGCUGCUAACUAUUCCAGCGCCCAGAGCUGUGACAGCGACAGCGCCAGUCACCACGACGACCUGCUGGACUCCUCAUUGGAGUCUGCUUUGUAAGUUCCGCCCCAUUAGAAGUGGAAUUCUUCUGAAUGGUUUAAAAGCAGAGCGACAGGCCCACAGGACUUGUGGUCAUGAGGCUUAUUAAAGGCCUGCGGAGGAUAUUUGACAUCUGAAGAGGUGAAAUGACACAGCGUCCAGGAUACAGAUGAAAUGGUGCUGGUGGCACACUCAACACACUUGCAAAGUGUGUGUGUGUGUGUGUGUGUAUGGUUAUUACUAUAAAAAAAAAAAACUGCUAUAUAAGUUUGUUGGGUUCUGGAGGUGAUCUCUUUAAAGAGGCAGGUGUCUACUUUCACUGAGGUGCAACAAUCUAAAGGGCAACAUUCUGAAUUCUGACCUCAGUCUAUAAACUUGGUGCUCCCUUGGUGCCAAAACCAACAAUCGUCUGGUUUACACUUAUCUCGUCAGCACCAUUCAUGAAACGCCUUUAGCUAACAAGCAAAAUCAUGCAUUGUGUCAUUACUGCUACUGUGAAAUAAUUUGCAAAUGUGCAAAUCUCUACCACUCGAUUCACUGCCAAGCAUAUGGUGACCGACAGCAUUCUUAAACCAACGAUUGCGGCUUAUACACCAUUUCAUACAGUUGUGUUUCGUUCUACCCCACGGCCGUGUGCGUAGUUACUUCUCCUCUCUACAGGUAUGAGGCGACUGCUUGUUGGAGAGGGUACCAGCUUUGUCAAAAAAGGCCAGAAAAUGGUGCUUUCUUUCCAGCCUGAUCUCAUGAAAAUUACGAAACAGGUGAUGUUUUCAAAACGAUAGUACGUGGUGUCUUACACAUAUCGUUACAGUUGUUUGAGAAAUGUCCACUGUGUGGCGCUAAAAGCGAGUUAAUAUUGCAAACAGAUGAUUUUAAAACUGACCUCCCUACCCUAAACCUUAAACCUAGCCAAUUGUGUCAGAAAAAGCAAAUGUGAGAUUUCAAUGAGUGUUUCGCAAUAUGUACAACGAGCCACGUAAAAAUCGCUUUACAAAACAAUGUAGGUAUAGUAAUGUGAUUUCAUGAGGCCAGGUUGUUUUUUGCUGCCUUAAGUGUGCUGAGUGCUGAAGACAGUUAAAUGUGGUGCCACUGUCCUUUCGCAGAAAUGAUGGUGUAGGACAUAAUUGUACAACCAUUUUCUUAUAAAUGCUACAUCCACAUAUUUUAUUUUUGUUACAAUUAGUGUGUUAAGUCUAAUACAUGCCAUAAUAAAUGUCCAAAUGUAUAAAGGAUUUAAAAAUGAUAUCUUUAUGUAAUUCCAGUUGAGCUGGGAUCACUUGAAUUAAGAGCACAAAUUGUAUGUGUCCCUUUAUUAGCAUGCUGUUUUUAUGUUGGAAUAUGUGUGCGUUCAUGUGGAAACUAAUGGUUUUCUCUCCUGUGCACCAGUGUUCGUGUAGUCAAAUUUUUAUUCAUCCUUAUUUUUGGAUUGCUAAGUGGGUUUUGCACAAUUGAAAAGGUGAUUGUAAAUAUCAAAGUCUUGCACAGCUUCUUAAAGAUGCACUCUGCCCAGUCAAGGUUCUGUUUCUGCUCUUCUAGUCUAGCAUUAUGCUUUUGUAAUUUACAAAAAAAGAAAAAUCGAGCAAACCUGUCCUAAACUUGUAUGUCUUAUAAUGACUGUUUAUUAUACAGAGCCCAAUACUGUACAGUGAGAGGUGAAGUGUUUUACAAUCUCAGAAAAUGUUUGUGUCAAUUUACUAUUUAAGGGUGCAAAAAUCAUCUAGGACGGUUCACUCUUUAUCUUCACAAUGCAUCAGAGCCCAAUCAUAUCCAACCUACAUAACACUGUUACACUGCAAUUGCUAUAUUGUGGCUGUGGAAUGCAUUGUCCCUAAAAAGUAUUUGGAUACUUAAAGGAAUAUUCUGAGUUCAAUAAAGCUCAAUCAACAGAAUUUGUGGCAUUAUUGAUUAUAAAAAUGGAGGUUGCAAGUGAAUGGGGCCAAUUUUUUGUAAGGUUUAAAGGCAGAAAUUUGAAGCUAACAUUAAUUCUUCUAUUAAAACGUUGAGCUUAUUUAAGCUCAUAUUAAUUUUUAAUGUUCAUUAUAGUGUUUACAGCAUUACGUCAUCGUGGCAACGAAGCUGUAAAAUUGGAUAUAACUUUACACAGAAAAGGUUAGUGAGCAAUUUAUCACACUAAGGUCAUGUUAACAUGCAUAUUGUUUAUGUCAUGUAGCUAUACUUUGUAUAUGUACAAAUUGGCCCUAUUCACUUCCAUUGAAAGUGCCUCACUAGAACCCAGAUUUGUGCUUUUUUUAAAGAAAAGGAGGGACAGGUCGAAAUUAAUCUUUGUUGUAAUCAACAUUAUGCCACAAAUGCUGUCAAUUAAGCUCAACUUGCAUUGAACCCAGAAUAUUCCUUUAAGCCACAUGCAGUUAAACAUACAAUACAAACAUACAAACAUUGGAAGUACUGGUGCUAGUUAGUAGCAACUAAAACAAUUCAGUUUACACCAGUUUACACCAAUUGUGUCCAUCUGGACUGUUUUUUUUUCCCAUUGUUUUCUAUGUAAACAUGCACCAGAUGUACAUCUUAAACCAUUGUGCAGCACCUCACUUGUUUUUCAUCAUCUUGUGCAGGAGAGCCGCAAUUGUAGGUGCUGUGUCAAGAUAAAAUAUAUAUUUUUUAAUUUCGAGACACCUGUGUUCAGUACACUGCAUUUUCUUUUUGUUUUGCACAAGAAUGUGUUUGGUCUGAACAGCUUGGUCGCUUUCUACCUAAUGCAUAAAUGUAAAUGCAAUUUUUUUGCAUUUGACAACAAAUUAUGAAACCAAGUGGCAUUUAUUUUAAAGAAAGAUCACACAAGCAUACUUUAAGCAAAAAGUUUUGUAAAAAUAAGUUUUGUAUGAUAAAACAAUAGUUUAAGAUUAAAGCUAAAUGUUUUUGGGAACUCUUUAUUGAAUGUGUCCAUAUUCAAAAUGAUGAACGUCUCAGUUACGUAUGUAACCUUGGUUCCCUGAGGGGAACAAGAUGCUGUGUAUGAUCGCUAUGGGUCACCGUCCAAGUUUCACGUGGUCUGAAGCCCUUAAACAUUCACGCCAAUUUAUUGGCUGAUGGCAGUUAAGCGACGCCCCCCAGGGAGCUACGUCACGGAUCCAAAAAGUGCUCGCUUUAACGCCAUCGUGUCAGAUUUUCUACAAUAGGCAAGAGCCUAUGCAGCUGCUAGAGAGUAUGGCCAGCUACGUAGCAUCUCGUUCCCCUCAGGGAACCAAGGUUACGUACGUAAUCGAGACGUUCCCUUUCAUGGAGCUCGAGCUGUGCAUGAUCACUAUGGGAACUAAAUACAUUCACGCCAUGCGAAUAGUAGCUGCAAACUGUCUAAGCCCAUGUGGCAUAUAGUGGCACAUAAAAGGAAUUAUGAAUUUACUCCAGUUCUAACAGAGAGAACCUGGUAAGCAGGAGUCAUACCAUUGUCCAUAUUAUAAAAUAUAACAAAUGUAUGCAGAGAGGACAACCCUGCCACCAUACAAAUGUCCUCCAAGGAUGCACCUCUAGCCAAAGCUCAUGAGGAUGCCAUGCUCCUCGUAGAAUGGGCUGGAAUACCCAAAGGGGAAGUCUGGCAGGGUGGGGCCGGGUCGUGAUCCUACACGCCUCCUCCUCCUUUCCAUUAACCACUUUACACUGGUGCCGAAACCCGGGAAGGAGGAGGCGAGAACCGGCUUUUCAACAUAAAUAAUAUUUUAAUAAUAAACUAAACAAACACAUGACGGACAUGUCCGUAAACUAUCUCUCUCUCCCCCGCACGAUCCUCUACAGUCGACCUUUAUCUCUCUCGGGAGGCUUGAUUAGCCUAAUACGGGACCGGGUGUGUAGGAUCACGACCCGGCCCCGCCCUCCGCCCUGCCACAGGAAGGUAAACUGCACACUUCAUAAGCACUCGAAAUUGCAUCAAUAAGCCAAUGUGUCUGACACAACUUUGAGCAUUAAAGGCAUGACGAACGGUGAACUUGACUCAAUAGUGAACUCUGCUUCAUCAAUAAAUGCUUUAGCAGGCUUUGGCUGGUCAGAAGACUGACCAAACGGCACUGAUACAAACCCAUGCGCUCGUCUAUGAGAUGGUGUGGGUUAGGGAAAUCGAGGAAAAUUCCAAACAGAGCUAGUGAAAUCAAAAGCAUUCCUUAAGGCGAUGCACAUGGUUGGACUGCAAAACCAUCGUGUGUAGAUCCAACAGCUGUCUGAAAAGGGACAUAAAAAAAUCGAGCAGAGAUUUCAGUGCACGUCUCUUCUAUCACCAGAAUGCCCGCGGGAUCCAUGAAAUGGGUGAAAGAAAAAACUGUUAAAUUACCUUGCAUCUUCUGAUAGAAUCCAGAUAGAAUAAUGACACAGAUGAAGCAAUGCGCACGUUGGUUCGCUAUCACUCAGUUGGGGAAUAUUCUCUUUUUUUCAGCCGCCUCGUUCUGCGGACGGGUCUCACCAGUCCCAUUUUGCCCAUUUUGUUUCCUUACCAUCCCAUGACAAAUUUUCUCAUACAAUGUUUUGUUAACGCUUUCACUCAGGGGUGAAGGCGACAAACACAAGGAGGAUUCCGGUGUCCAUUCGCACUCCUAUCUUCUCAGACACAAAGCCCAAAGGGCUCCAGCACACAGAGCUCCAAAUCUGGAGGCCAUAUAACUGGAACAAGUAGGGAUACUGCCUCGUGGUGAGAGAUUGCGAGCCUCGACAAAGUGCCGUUGUCUCGUCGGUUCCUUGUAAUGUUUGGAAAAAAACACAUUGAAACUGCUCUGAAAUUUAUGCUGUGUCAAUGACAUCCUUAUGUGUUUGCCCCUCAAAAGGGAGAAAAAUAAUCCUCACUUCGACGGGAGUCGCUAGAAACAAACACAGGCUUAGAUAAAUUGUGCACUGAAGAACAGAAAAUCUGACUCAAUGGCUCGAAAGCGAGCACCUUUAUGUACCACUUGAUAUAGCUCUCUAAGGGCCUUUGCUUAAGCGCCAUCAGCCAAUAAAUUGCCGUGAUUGUAUAAGGGCUUUAGACCACGUCACACUCGGACGGUGUCCCAUAGUGAUCCCAUGCAGCUAGAAAAGGGAAUGACACCUGUGUUUACUUGAGGGAAAUUGACUUAAAAUAUCCACUAAACAUCACCUUGAGAGCAGUUGGUAAAAAUAGGUUAGAUCUGAGAAAAAGUAAUUUGUUUCCAGAUGCCACUAUCUAAUGCAAAUUCAUUCAUACAUUUAUAAAUGUGACUUUAAGUGUCCGAACACUUUUGGGGCCAAUGUAAAUCACUUCUGAUUUCACGUUUAUCAUAUGUUUAAUUAAUUUGAGAAUAUUUUAAGAGUUUGCACCUGUUUACAGUAACCGAAUCUCUGUUAGCUUGAUGUACAUUAUUAGGUGCAAAAGUGUUACAUACAGCUAUAGGUGCUAGAAGUGAGCUCAUCGAAAAGCUUUGAAAUGACAUUAGAUUAGGCCUUUACCACAUCCAACCUCACCCUGUGACUCAAACUGAUCGCUACAUGAAAAGUUACACAUUCCUACUGCCACUAUCAUUUUACCGAGCUUGCUUUUUUUUCUGUUAAUUCAGGUAACCGCUUAUUUAUAAUUCCUCAGCACUUCAAUGGUGCUAUUUAUGUAACUUUCAAAUUCUGUGGCUCUGUGCCUGAUGCUUUGCUUGUCUAUCAUUUGUCCUGUUUAGUGUGAAAUGACUUAAUAGAAACACUAUUAAUAAGUGCAGUACUGAUUUUGAACUGCCUAACAGUCCCAAACCUCAAACACAAAUAGAGAUUGUCCAUGGUACAUCAAGAAAACUUUUUUUGAAUUUACUACAUGUUAUGGCCAACACAUCUCUGAGUGCAUAACAUUGAACUGCUUUGAAAAUGUUUCUUUUCAGGUGGAACAUUUGUUGGUAGAAGUUUUAUAUUUUGUACAUUUGUAAGUAACAUAUCAUGUAAAUAGAAAGAGACCACAAUUUAAAUCAUUUGGGGGAUUUUGUAGUCUUUGUAAAGCCCUAAUAAAUUGUAUUUGGUGUCACCUGAGCAUUGA